AUGAUUCACCAGAUGGCGCCCUGGGUGCCGCAGUUUAUCCAGUCGUGGAAAAACCACUCCCAGACCUUCACGCCAUUUUCCUUUGCCACGGUCGACCCCAUCACCAACCGGCCCAAGUGUAGAACGGUCAUCUUCCGGGACUUUUUGUUUCACGACAAGCGCAGCAAUGUGCUGACCUUCACCACGGACAUGCGUGGCGAUAAAGUCAAGGAAAUCCUGGCGUCUGGGUCGGAAACGGCGCCGUUCGAGGCCUGUUUCUACUUCCCGAGUACGUGGGAGCAAUACCGCUUCAGCGGGAAGUGCUUUGUGGUGUCGCAGCAGCAGACGCCGCCUAUUUCCAGCAAAUACAACCUACCAGACGCAGGGACGAUCGAGUAUCCAAUACUGUCGCCCAGCGUUCACGGUGGUGCACAGGAGCUUUACAAAUACGACGAAGGCCAGCAGCAACAGCUGAAGGGGCACGGAGAGGCGGGGGACGAGGAAGAGGAGCAGGAAGACUCAGAGGGCUCUGCUGCCGCGUGCCAGGCGGAAGGUGGCUCUGUACCGGCCUCGGGCUCGCAGCCGGCCGACCUUUCUCGUUCUUCCACAAGUAGCAGCCGCGGCGGGGGCGCCCCAGCCCACCCUAACCGCGUGCUAGGGUCUCCGGACUACGCUCCGCCCCUUGCCAAAGAAUGGCAGUUGGAAUUGACCCGCCAGUGGUUCAAUCUGUCCCGCUCCACGAAGGCCCAGUUUCGCAAGCCAGACCCCGGCACCCCAGUAACCUCCGAGACCAGCAAACAGCUCGAUAAGAUACAGCGGGGGGUCGACGGUGCUAAGGAAGACGCCGGUUUCGACAACUUUGGCGUUGUGUGUCUGUGCAUCGAAGAGGUCGAUUUUUUGAACCUCAAGGAUGGACGGGGCGGCGAGCGGUGGAAGUUUCGCCGCCACGUCGACCCGGAUACGGGUGCGGAAUCAUGGAAUGAAGAAGAAGUGUGCCCAUAA